CGCCGCCGCCGCCAUGGAGGCGGGCCGCCGGUCCCCGCCGCAGGAGCGGGCCCGGGGACAGACCCCCGCUGAGCCCGCCACACCCCCAGACCCCUCCGCGGCCCCCGCCCCCGCCCCCGAACAGCCGCAGCCGGAGGCGCCCCGGGAGCAGCGGCAGCUAAAGAACGAGGACGGGUCAGAAUUAGCCGCAGCCGGCGGGGAGGACGCUUCCCUCGAGACUCCCGCGGCCAAGAAGAUGAAGAUAGAGCCCAAAGAGAAGAAAGACAAAAAGCACAAAGUCGAUGAAGACGAGAUUCAGAAAAUGCAGAUCCUCGUUUCUUCCUUCUCCGAGGAGCAGCUAAACCGCUAUGAAAUGUACCGCCGGUCAGCAUUCCCCAAAGCAGCCAUUAAGCGGUUAAUCCAGUCCAUCACCGGGACGUCCGUCUCUCAGAACGUCGUCAUUGCCAUGUCAGGCAUAUCCAAAGUCUUUGUCGGGGAGGUGGUAGAGGAAGCCCUGGAUGUCUGUGAGAAAUGGGGAGAACUGCCUCCGCUCCAGCCCAAACACAUGCGGGAGGCCGUGCGGAGGCUCAAGUCCCGGGGGCAGAUCCCCAACUCCAAACACAAAAAGAUCAUCUUCCACUGAGCCACCGGCCAGGCAGCCUACGGGGACGAACGACGGGCGGACGCCGGCGGAGGCGGGAAGAGAGCGGGAUUUCCUCGGACAGCUGCGGCCCCACGGUGUCCGUCACGGCCCUCCUGGGCUCCAGUCGUCCUAGAAUCCCAGCUGGCCCUAGGAGACGGCAGCCCGUUCCAGACCGGCCACCCGGCCGGCCGCAGCCCACCACCCCGGGUCGCCGCUGCGGUCGGACGGAGCCCAGCCUCGGGCGACCUCGGAAACGGAGGCUCCCCGUUCUCGCGGAAUAAAGGAGCCUCCCCCCUCCCCCCCAUCCCCCCCCCCCCGGGGGGGUCUGUACCUCGUUCGGGCUGGUGCCCGCGGGGGACCCAGACCGAGGCCGGGACCUCGUCUCUCCGGUUUCCCCACGGGACGGGCCCAGGAGCACCCAAAUGGAUUUUUGACGUCGGGCAGCCGCACUGUGAAAUGGCUUCGUUGAAGGGCGAGUAGAGUGACAGACUAUUUUAUUGAAAACUAAGGGGUUCUCAGUGUUUGCUCUUCCUGUUCCUCAUGCCCAUUAAACCCUUCUCCAGCUUGCA